UGCAACUUUGGAAUGUAAAGUCACUGGCAGCCCAGAGAUCAGUAUUAGAUGGUAUAAAAAUGAAACUGAAAUUAGCUUAAAUGAUAAAUACCAAAUGACCUUCAUCGACUCAGUUGCGACACUACAAAUUUCCAAUUGCUGUGUUGAAGACAGUGGAGAUUAUAUCUGCCAAGCAUCAAGUGAAGCUGGCAGCGAUAGAUGUAGUUGCUUGGUAACAGUCAAAGGUUUGUUUAAAGUUGAUCACCCUACUUUUUAAGGAUGCUAAAGUCAUUUCACAGUGGUUACUUCAUUAGCUAAUUGGUGCUUUCUUAUCUCAGAACCUCCCGAGUUUGUGAAACCUUUUGAAUCCAAAGAAAUUGUUAAAGGCACAGAUGUUGUGCUGGAAGGAACAGUGUCAGGCUCAGCUCCCCUUGAGAUUUCCUGUUUCAAAGACUCAAAGCAGAUCCGGAAUGAUAGAAGACACGUCAUAAGCCUGACAAAUGAUGUAGCAGCUCUUCAGAUUUUAAAAUUUGAACCUGGGGAUGCUGGCAAAUAUCAGUGCACUGUAGGAAAUGAAGUAGGGCAGACCUCCUGUGAUUUUCAUGUUACUCUGAAAGGUUAGUAAGAAGAAGAAAUUCUUGGAUUUUUGUUUAUGUAAGUGAAGGUACAGUGAUGUUUGUAAACAUUGUGCUAAUAACAUCCUUACAUUUCAUAAUCUUAAAUUAGAGCCACCAUCAUUUGUGCAGAAGAUGGAUAAUACAAAUGUCCUCCUUGGUGGUGAGGUUUCCUUACAAUGUGUUUUGAAAGGGUCAUUGCCUAUGACCAUCUCUUGGAUGAAAGAUGACCAUGAGAUCAAGGAAUCUGAGCAUGUUCAGAUAUCUUUUGAGAACCAGACCGCAGUGGUGAACAUUUCUAGUGUGCAAUUAAAAUAUGGUGGAAAGUACACUUGCCAUGCACAGAAUGAAGCUGGUAGUCAGAAAUGUACAGCAGUAUUGGCGGUAAAAGAGCCUGCAAACAUCACAGAGCAAGCCAAGUCUGUCAGUGUUACAGUAGGUGAUCCUGCCACUCUAGAAUGCAGAUACUCUGGUUCUAAAGUUCUUAAAGCAAAAUGGCUAAAGGAUGGCAAAGAGUUGACAUCAAGCAAAAAGUACAAAGUGCAGAGCACUGAUACAAGCUCCAUAUUAAAAAUUCUUUCUGCUGAGAAGAGUGAUGGUGGAGAAUAUAUCUUUGAGAUUUCAAAUGAUGCUGGAAGAAGCAGUUGUGAGGCAGUUGUGACUGUUUUAGAUCAAAUAAUCAAACCUUCCUUCACAAGAAAAUUGAAGGACAUGGAGAGUAUAAAAGGAUCUUUUGCACAGCUGGAAUGUCUGGUCUCUGGAUCUCAUCCCAUAACUGUCACUUGGUUCAAGGAAAGUAAGGAGAUUGAGACAGAUGAAAAGCACAAAUGCAUAUUCUUUGAGAGUGCGGCAUCUUUGGAAAUCAGUCAUCUUGAUAGUUCAGACAGUGGCAACUAUACCUGUAUUGCUAAAAACCAAGCAGGCACUGUUCAGUGUUCUGGCACGCUGAAGAUCAAAGAACCUCCAGCAAUCAUUGAGAAGCCUGAAUCGCAAGAAGUUAUACCAGGAUCCAGAGUGCAGUUUAAUGUGCUCCUGUCUGGCACGCCACCACUAACCAUUAAGUGGUUUAAAGAUAAGAAAGAGGUUUCAUCUGGGAUUGACUGUUCUGUUCAGAAAAAUGACACCUCUAGCUCACUGGAGCUCUUUUUUGCUAAGCCUUCUGACUCUGGAGACUAUGUCUGUGAAAUAAGUAAUGAUGUUGGAUCAGAUUCUUGCCAAGCAACACUCUUCGUGAAAGAACCCCCCAAAUUUACCCACAAACCUGAAAAAGUAACAGUGGUAAAACCAGGCCAAUUGGUAGUUUUUGAAUGCCAGAUAACAGGCACUCCAGAGAUAGACACAUACUGGUUCAGAGAUGGGAAUGAAAUAAGUUCAAGUGACAAGCAUAAAAUGACUUUUGUUGAUUCUCUUGCACGGCUUGAGAUAAGUAGCAGUGAUAUCAAAGACUGUGGAGUGUACUACUGUGAAGCCCGGAAUGAGGCGGGCAGUGAGAGCUGUAGUAUGGAACUAAGAGUGAAAGAGCCCCCAGUUCUUGUCAAGCCAUUAAGUCCUCUUGAGGUUGUGAAUGGCUCAAAUGCAUAUUUUGAAUGUCAGGUAAAAGGCACAGCUCCUUUUGAGGUGACCUGGCAAAAAGAUUUAAAGGACAUUAAAUCAAGCCUCAAGCAUGUGAUUUUGCAGAAGAAUGGUUCUAUAAUGACUCUUGAUGUACAGAAAUGCGAUGCGUUAGAUGUUGGAGAAUAUCAGUGCAUUGUAGCAAAUGAAGUUGGGAGUUGUUCAAGUCAGACUACACUCAGCAUAAAAGGUUAG